UGACAAUGUUCUGUAUAAUUUCAAAUCAUAACUACUGAAUAACUUCAAUAAUCUCUAUUUAGCGGCGUUUUCGACAAUCGAUUCUCCACUCUAGAGACCCUUUUUGGGUGCGCGAUCUAAAUUAAUUCCUCAGGAAUGUCCACUCAGCCCCAAUAAGGGCCCCCUGUGAGGCUUCGUGAGCGUAAGAUCCUGGGCCCCUAUAUAAGUCGCAGGAUGUCGUUGGAGAUGAUCAACCCUGUCAGUUUUCUGUGGCGUAUUAAUUACAGUCGCUUUAGCUGUUUGUUUGUAUAUUAUUAUUUAUCAGUCCGACGAUGACAUUAAAGACUUACCUCUAUGCAGGCAUCCUCUGUCUCGGAACGCUCGUCAGCAGCGCCAGUACCAAAUCCCUUUGUUUUCCUACAAACGCGACAACGGUGCAUACGUUUCCUAACCAUACCUGGGCCGAGAAUAUUGCCGUAAGAUCCAACGGCAAGAUUCUGGUGACGACUCUCGAGAACGGUGCAAAGCUCUGGCAAGUCGACCCUUUCCAUAUAUCCGACCCGGUUAUCGUCCAUCAAUGGUCAAACGAAACUGCCUUGACAGGGAUUGCGGAGCUGGAGCCAGAUGUAUUCGCUGUCGUAGUUAGCGACUUGUCCCUGUCCCCCUUGACCUUUGGCUCCAACGAGGUCUGGCGAGUCGAAAUGCACGGCGAUCACCCGCAUGUCUCCCUCAUCACGCCUAUCCCGGAAGCGAAACUUCUCAAUGGAAUCGGAGCAUUGGAUCGAGUGCGCGGAACGGUCCUCAUCGCGGACUCUCUACUGAAUGUACUCUGGUCCCUAAAUACACGGACUGGGUCCUAUAAAAAAGUCAUACAUGACCCGGUUCCGAUCUCUGGCCCCAACUCGACCUUGAAUCUGGGGAUUAAUGGCGUGCAUGUGUUUGGUGGCGAUAUCUACUUCGAUAAUACGAGUGAGAAGGUUCUUCUCAAAGUUUCCAAACGCGCUGCUGAGGGAUACUCUGCACCGGUCCACGUAGUGGCCAAUUUGACUGUUGCCUCGGACGAUUUCAUAUUCGACAUAGAAGGAAACGCAUACGUUGCCGGUUCGAACAAGAUAACCAAGGUCACCCCUUCUGGUGCCCAAUGCCUCUACUCUGCAGCGGAUGCAAUCCAGGGUAGCACGGCAGCAGCAUGGGGCCGUACCCCUCUCGAUGCAACUACCCUAUAUGUGACCACCAAUGUCGGCAAGUUGGUUGCAAUCCGUGUUUGAGGGCCUUUCGCAAAAUAAUACAACAUAUAUACGAUUCCUUGAUGAACAAAUAAUACCUCACUGUACAGCGGCACAGUGUGUUGGUUGAUGAAUACAUAUUCCCGUUUGGUUGAGGACGUCAGAUUAGACCAUUGCAGAUGAAUUACGCAAUUCCCUGUUUUCCCAUCUA